AAUUAUGAAAGUGAGUGUGUGAGGGUGAUGCAAGAGGACGAGCCGAAGAGGAAGGCCGCCGCGUGAUCGCCAUGGCUGGAGUAAACAUGCAGCUCAUGUUCCGGCGUGUCUUUCUUACACAUUCCACGUUGUUAAGGAGAAACACAUCAUUAGGGUGGGUAUAUGGAAGUCGACCAUUGAGUGCUACAACUGAGAGUGCCUCCCAGCAAGCCAGCAAGGAGGAACCUGAUGCUGCAGGUGAAGCUGGAGCAUCUGAGGGACAGUUUCAGGAAAUUAUUGAAAGUUUAACCAAAGAAAAGGAGUCAUUAUCAAAGAAAAUUGCAGAUUUCCAGGAUAAAUAUCAAAGGACAUUAGCAGACCGUGAAAAUGUCAGGAAUCGUUUAGAAAAACAAAUAAUAGAAGCCAAGCAGUUUGGCAUCCAAGGAUUUUGCAAAGAUCUCUUAGAGGUAUCCGAUGUAUUUCACAAGGCAAUCGAGAGUGUUCCCGCAGAGAAAAUACAAAGUGGCAGCUCCGACUUGAAAACUCUUUACGAUGGCUUGGUUAUGACAGAAAAUCAACUAUUAUCUGUGUUUCGCCGACAUGGUUUGGAACAGGUUGUGCCAAAACUUGGAGAGAAGUUUGAUCCCUCCCUACAAGAGGCAAUGUUUGAACUGCCACUUCCAGAACAGGAGACGGGCACUGUGGCUCAUGUUAUCCGCUCUGGAUGGACUCUACACUCCAGGUGUAUUCGCUCAGCACAAGUUGGGGUUGUUAAAAACUAGAUUGCAUAUGUUUAUAAUGUACAAAUGGUUUUAAUUCGUUGAGAUAGGUGAGUAUAUGUAUGUGAAUGGGUAUUUAGAAUGUAAUGCAGUAUAAUACAGUUUGAAAGUCAAGCUACUGUCUUGUUCUAUACCACUAUAUAUAUGUAUAAAUUUCUUUGUCCUUAUUACAUAUAUGAAUGUUUGCUUGUGCCCUUGAGUUUACAACAAAUAUUUUUUGUACAUUUUGUCAUAUAGUCUAAUUUUUCUUCAGUUUAAAAUAAUUGUAUUGAAUAUUUUCUUAUGUAUAAAGCAUGAAUUUGAGUUAUCUUGAUAUAAUGUUGCAAACAUUUCAUAAGAAAACAAUGUAAAAAGAUCCUUAAUGUCUCUUUAGUCUUCUUAUUUGUUAACAUUUUGAAUAAUUAAGAUUCCACAGUUUCUUA